GCGGGGGUCGGUGACAGGCUCCAGCGGGGGAGAGAUUUCAGUGCAGGUGUCCUUGUUUUUUCUGGCACCUCGGAGACAGGACUCGACCGUAAGUAGCCUAAUACUUUUGCUGAGGAGGGAUCGGGGAGCUGAUGAAAUAAUAAAUGUUUGAUCUGCCAUGAAAUCCGAAAAGAGCAGCGGCGGAAAGAUACGCUCGUCUGGAUGAGAGACCCCCGCUGGGUGAAGACACGCAGCGUAUGUUAGCUGAGCCGUGAAAGCUCGCUGCCAUUGACUGGAGCUGAGGGCUGAAAUGGGAGCAAAGCGAUGGAAAGCGAGCGGCAGAACAUAGCAUCACUGAUCAUUCCCAGAUGUGGGCUGCGAGAAGAAAAAGGCCUAUUCGGUGGGUGAAGGGAUAAUCAUGAGCAGCGAAUCAGUGUUCACAAUCUCCAGCUACUCCUGGAUGAGUCUCCUGGACUGCUUUCACCUGUUACGGAUGGUGUGUCAUGUCAGAUGAACAAUGUGAGAUGCGUGUUGAAUGUUGGAAUCCACUGAAAUAAAGAAACAAAAGGAACACCAGCAACCAGCAGCUUAUUGUUCUCACACCCUUAAAAAAAAAGCACCUGAGCUGGUUCUCUCUCCUCACCAGGAUGGAGCUACCCUGACCUGCUGGAUGUCAGAUGAACCAUGUCAAGUUCUCAGGAGCCCACUAUGGGCACAAAUUUCACCGGUGUUCCCACCUCCAGUCGGGACCAGGUGUGGUCCUCCACCGUGAACAGCGUGGUGAAGAUGGUGUUCAUAUCUCUGAUCGUGUGCGUGUCCUUGUUCGGGAAUGUGGUUGUCCUGCUGGUGUUCCAGAGGAAGCCUCAGUUGCUUCAUGUGGCCAACCGUUUCGUCCUCAACCUCCUCCUGGCAGACCUCCUCCAGACCGUGCUAGUGAUGCCCUUCGCCAUCGCAGCCACCGUGCCUGGUGUUUGGCCCCUGGAUGCUCGACUGUGCCAGGCCCUGGUGGUGCUCAUGCACCUGUUCGCCUUCGCCGGGGUCAACACCAUCAUAGUCGUGUCUGUGGAUCGCUACCUGGCCAUCAUCCACCCUCUAUCUUACCCCACCCGCAUGACCCCUCACCUGGGUACCAACCUCAUCAUCUGUACGUGGGUGCUUAGCUUCCUGCAGAGCACCCCUCCUCUGUACGGCUGGGGUGUCAUUGACUUUGACCGCCACCAUAACGUCUGCUCAGUGGUGUGGUCCUCCAGUCUGUCCUACUCCGUCGUGGUGUCCACCUUUUCCUUCUGGCUGCCUGUGCUCAUCAUGCUCGGAUGCUACUGGAUGGUGUUCAGAGCGGCCCGGAGGCAGAACGCUCUUGUGCACCCAAUACAGACGCAAUCCUACUCCCAGCCCUGCCCGCAGGACUUCCAGCCACCCAGCAGUCCUCAGCAGCAGCCCCAACCCCAACCCCAGCCCCAGCAGGCCAGCUCACCUGAAGGCCCCUACUCAGCCAGACGAUACCCCGUUCGGGUCAGACACAGACGUUUCCACUACCAGUGCAAGGCAGCUCGGGUAGUUUUUGUCAUCAUGGCUUCAUAUAUCUUCAGCAUGGGCCCUUACAGCAUCCUCAAUACCAUAUCUAUGAGCACCAGAGCAGCGGUACCCCCGUGGUUAUCCUCCCUUGCCCUGGUGCUCUUCUUUCUACAGUGCUGCCUGCACCCCUACAUUUACGGCUACAUGCACCGGAGCGUGAGGAAGGAAUUCCUGGCUUUGCUCUGCGGGCUCUUCUGCAAGCAGGGCCGUCCCAACCAGAGCUCCACCGUGGAGAGCUGCUUCACCACCACCGAAGGCCGCUCCGGUGCUCCUCCUCACCUGCCCAGCCUGGCUGCUCGGGUCUUCCCUCUGCGGACCUGGGAAGAGUGCACAACGUCCUCCUCUCCCACCUUCGAGAGGAAGUCGAGGGACAGCCGGAAAGAAACCACCUCCACCAGUUUCAGCUCGGAGAGGGAGCUCACGGUCCACAGCAAACAAAACACAUGAGCCGCCCUCGAGUGUUCAUUGGACUGACCAUAUUUGUUUGUACUUGAAGAAUUUGUCAUGCAGUGUGUUCAUGCAUAAGCUUCUAGACAACAGAUUAGUAACUCUCAAGUUGCUGGCAUCAGGAACAAUGGAGCUUGAUCACCAACAUUUCGAUGUUUUCAUAUUUUGUCAUAAGAUCGGUUAGAUUGUCACAUAUGUCACAUACAGUGUGUCUGUCUGGAAACACUCGUCAUUGUUGCAUUAUGAAUGUGUAACAGAACUGGCUGUGGCGAUGUGUUUGUUCUAUGUAAAUGCAGUUUUUAAGAUUUAAUACAUGGACCACAUGAGUCAGAUUGUGUGCAGCAUUGUGCUACUGUUAAUAAAAAUCAAGAUUUUAAUCAGUCAGCCAAAACCUGGACUUGACAUGUCAAGGCAGAAACUGCUGUGGUGUUCUGAUUAGCGCUGCAAUGAAUAAUCAAAUAUUAGACUAAUGCAAAGCUGUUUGAUAUCUAUCAAUUGAUCUGAGCAAUUUUUAAAGAACAAAAAUUGAAUAUUUUCCGGUUUCUUUACUUCUCUAUGACUGCAAAUUGAAUAUAUUUGGGUUGUGGACCAAAGAAAGAUCAUCUGGGGAUUUAGGAAACAUUCAUUGACAUUUUCUCAAUUUUUUGACACUCAAUAGAGUACACAACUGACCGACUAAUUGACAGUGAAAAUAUCAGUUGCAGCUAUAGUUCUGACCACUGUGGUCUAAUUAUGGGCCUUAAAUGUCUCUGAUGAAAGUGUUAAACUGCAGCAGGUCCAUCUGCACAACACUUUAAUCUCCUUUAAACGUUUUGUGUGUUAGUUCUCUUUGAUCGUGUUGCAGGAUGAAGGAUGUUCUGUCUUUGUGUGCAGACGAGCUUCAUUUAUGAACUCAGGGUAUUUGCUUGUAGAAACAUUUGUAGUGCCCGUCUCAGUUCCUGAAUCUUGUUGAAUAACUGAAUAUAUGUACGUGUCCGUCCCUGUCGCAGUAACUCUUCUUAGUAUCAAAGCGCCUUUUUUAAUAACUAAGUAGAAAAGUGAUUCAUUGUGCCUGUCAGCUACAAAACACACAAGUGUUGGUGACUCCCGUGUUCUCUAAUGGGAUGGCCACACACACAUUUGUCUUAGUCCUGUUUUUCCUUUAACUGAAGCUUAACUGAUGUGGAAAUGUUGCUUUCUACUUCAGUGUGUCACUGUAUAGUUGGACUCAAUAUUUGCUGCCUUUGUAAUGUCAGCCUUUCUUUGAGAAAGCAGAGUAUUUUUGUUGGAGAGCCACAUUGUGCAGAGAGCAGGGUGUGAUAAAAAUACAACUCCAGUGGACUCUUUGCACCAGCUAUUUAAUGUAGGCUGCACACUGCAAGGUCUUAUGUAAGAGAUUUCAUAUAUUCCACUGGACACGUGUAGAUUUGUAAAGACACCUCCUGAUAUAGUAUUUUUUAAUGGAACUACCUGUCUGCUUAAAGCCACGACGAGGAUGAGUACUUAUGUAAGCACUGUAUGCUUGCCGUGACUCAUCUCUGAGGGAGGCGGUUCAGCAGGUUGAAAGGAUGUCAUGGGUGCAUCACAACAUUAUGUGCAUUAUUUGAAAAGUGUGUCUUGUCUCUGUUUUUAUACCUUUUUGGUAAAGAGAAAAAAAAUAUUUGGCAGAAUAAGCCAGGGUGCUUAUGGUGUAUUCUUCUUCUUCUAAUCAUUGUUAAUAUUAUAAUUAUUAUUAGACUGUGAUAGUUAUCGGGACCUGUCAUGGAUUUGAACCUUGAUUCAUUCAACAGGUCACCGGAGAAAUCCAAACUACAGUGUUAUAGCUGACAAUCAAACUUGCAUAACAAGUUUGUGAGAGGCUCUGUGAAGGACAGUGUGUGUUACAGUAUAUCAGCAAAUAAGAGAAAAUAAUGUUUUAAAGUCCUUUAUAACUACGUAUUUUUGUGAUUUCUAUUGUGCUUUUGUAUUAUUUCUGGUAUCACUACUCAACAUGGAACACUGUCUGUUGUUUAAUAAAAGUAAAUUGUAUGUAA